GGUUCCUGUAGAUUAGCGCCUAACCCUGGGUUAAAAUUCGCUAAUCCUAGGUUAGCUAACCUAAGGAUAACUCACCAUUCCCGAAAGCCGAGUUAACCCCCGAUUAACUAACCCUGGGUUAGAAAUGGCUUCCAAGCUAGAAACCGGCCAUAAACCGGUUUGGGGGGAUUUUUCGAGCAACCACAGGACUCCCAAGACGUAAACAAAACUGCCAAACGCGCGCUUUUCGCGCCCUUUUCGACUUUCGGCUUUUUGAUUAUUUUUUUUUCCGAUCGUAAACAUGGACUCCAAGAAGUCAAAGCGCAAGCCGAAUUUUUCCAUUGAGGAAAUAACUAUUAUCACGGAGUCGGUGGCAGAGAAAAAAGAGAUACUAAAUUCAAAGUUGACAAAUUCUGUCACAAACAAAUUAAAGAAUAGUGUGUGGGAGGAAAUAAAGGACAAAGUGAACGCAGUUGGAGUUGCUCCACGAAGUCUUGUAGAGGUAAAAGACAAAUGGAAAAACCUCCUCUCCCAAGCAAAGAGGGAGAACUCAGAGUUCAAGCGGGAGAGGGGCAAAACCGGAGGGGGUCCAGCACCCAAGCCUCCAUCCGCCGCCACGGCAAAAAUAAUAGAGGAGUACCAAGACACUCCCAGUUUUUCCGGGCUGAUUGGUUUUGAGACCGGCGAUUCGUUGACUGAUGACUUAGAAGAACCAUCGGUUUUAGUUCAGGUUGAAGAAUCAGAGGUUCAUCGUCCUACUUUACAUGGUAAGAAAGUGCAGUGAAGGAUAGAUCCUUUGUGUUUAUUAUUCAAAUCUUAAAACUUAAAAUGUAAGUAUAUACUUAAGUUCUCAUCAAAAUCAACCGUUCUCUUUUUGGUGGUUCUCUGUGUAUUUCCCGACUCUAGAAUUCCCAGGGGCUCCAGGGGGUACAAACUGAGGGUAUUCACCAUAAAACUCUAAUUAAUUAGUCAUAUCCUUUUCAGCUACCCCUCCUCCAAA